AUGGGACAGUGGCAAUCCCUCUCGAGUGUACUGGGCAAAGGUCCGUGCCUGAUCGUCCGCGGGUCCUGCUACUUGCGUCCAAAGGUGGCUGCACUCUCUCGCUUGCUUAUGUACGGUUGGGCAGACAGUCAGAUGAGCUGCUCAAGGACGGUCUUUGAUGACUGGAGAGCGAUAAACAGUCGUGGCUUUGUCGCUCUUUGCUCUCGUCUGGAGCUGCCCGUCCUUCUCUUUGUGCUGGCCCACAACAAUUACGACUUGCUCGGUAAGAUCAGAAAAUCGCACCACUUCCACUCGGCCGGCAUUCACCCGUAA